AUGCUGUCUCCAAAUGAUAAAAAGUUAGAAAAACUGGAUCCGUUCUAUCGACCUUCAGUGUCCAAGCAGAAGACCAGUGCAGAGAUCAUAAGUGAAGCCCGAAAUGCAUUAAGAACAGUUCGAACUGAAAGACCUUUUACACCAAAGGACGACCAAAGAAAAUUAUUUGGACCUGCAUCUUCAAGAACACCAGAAAAUAGGCCUCCUUCCUGCUUCAGCCUACAUGCAUCCAGUUUUGAGUCAUCUGAUUCCAGGCCUAUCUCUGGCACACGUCUCAGUCCACUAGAGCUGAAACCCAAAGUUCCAGCAUCUCCCACAGAUGAAGAUAACUGCUUUUCCUUUCCUAAACCACCCGUGGACCCUGCGAAGAUUAGAAGAAUAAGCAGUGCCCGGGCUCGCUUAUUCAGGGCAGCCUCCCAGGGAGCCCUUCUGCUGGACAGAUCCCUUCCUCCCACUGACUCAAAGAAGACAGUGGAAUCCAAAGAAACAGUUACGAUGGGGGACUCUGUGACGAAAAUAAAUGGGGUUUAUUUAACAGAAUCAAAUGCCAUUGGCCACUUAAAGAGUCACCCACUUCUGCUAACUCGUGAUGGAGGCUUCAGUGAAAUCAAGGAGCAAGGAAUGUUCCAAGGAACCACCUCCUCACCAUCUCACCUCAGAAGUGGAGGGGACCAGGGGAAGAGGCGCGUCCGGACCUUAUCAUGCCCCAGCAGCUCAGACGGGAGCAGGCAGCCAACCAAAGCAGUCCCAAAAGCCAACUUACAAGAAAAGGAUACAGAAAUAGAAGUAGAUGAAAUCUUUUGGAAUACAAGGAUUGUUCCGCUUUUGUGUGAAUUAGAAAAAGAAGAAAACAUUGAAACGGUUUGUGCUGCUUGCACACAACUUCACCACGCUUUAGAGGAAGGAAACAUGCUUGGAAAUAAAUUUAAGAGAAGAAGUAAUCUCCUGAAGACCUUAUAUAAACUAGUUGAUGUUGGUUCAGACCCGCUCAGCCUUAAACUUGCAAAAAUUAUUCUAGCACUUAAAGUGAGUAGAAAGAAUCUUCUUAAUGUCUGCAAACUUAUAUUUAAAAUUAGCCGGAGUGAGAAGAAUGAUUCUUUAAUUCAAAACGACAGCAUUCUGGAACCAUUAUUGGAAGUACUGAGCUGUGAAGACCUACAAACUAACACUGAAGCUUUUCUGUAUUGUAUGGGGGCAAUCAAAUUCAUUUCUGCCAAUCCAGGAUUUCUUAGUGAAAUAAUCAACAAAGGUGCUGUGGAAAUACUGAUGAAUUUGAUAAAGCAAAUCAGUGAGAACACCAAGAAAUGUGGUACAUGUUCACCUGACUUGGGCCACUUGUUAGUUCAGGUGACUGCUACUUUGAGAAACUUGGUUGAUUCACCACUGGCAAGAAGUAAGUUGCUGAGCGUCAGUGCCAUUCCCCAGCUCUGCACGGUGACGGAACAGUACCUGGGUGACAAGGACAUCUGUACCAAUGUGGUCAGAAUAUUCAGCAAACUUACUUCUUACCGUGACUGCUGUGCAGCCUUGGCCGACUAUUCCAGAUGUUAUGCCUUGUUUUUGAAUCUGAUAAACAAAUACCAGAAGAAACAGGAUUUAGUCAUUCGUAUUGUUUUUAUUCUUGGCAACCUAACAGCGAAAAACAACCAGGCUCGUGAACAAUUUGCCAAAGAGAAAGGAAGCAUCCAGACCCUGCUGUCAUUAUUUCAUACAUUCCACCAACUUGAUCUGCAGUCCCAGAAGCAGGCCUAUGAAGGAACAGGGCUGGCCACCGCUCAGAGGCCGCCGUCGGAGGUGGAGGACGUGCUCAUCAAGCUGACCCGCCUGCUGGCCAACAUAGCCAUCCAUCCAGGCAUUGGCCCGGCCUUGGCUGCCAACCAGCAAGUAGUGGGCCUGCUCCUGACCAUGCUGGAAUACAAGGCACUUGAUGACUGUGAGGAGCUGGUGAUCAAUACAACAGCAACGAUCAACAAUUUAUCUUAUUACCAAGUGAAGAAUUCCGUAAUUCGAGACAAGAAGCUAUAUAUUGCUGAAUUGCUCUUGAAGCUUCUUGUGAGUAACAACAUGGAUGGAAUCCUGGAGGCUGUGCGCGUUUUUGGAAAUCUCUCCCAGGACCAAGAUAUCUGCACUUUCAUUGUGCAGAACAAUGUACACAAGUUCAUGAUUGCAUUGCUGGAUGCUAAGCAUCAGGACAUUUGUUUUUCUGCCUGUGGUGUUCUCCUAAAUCUCACUGUGGAUAAAGACAAGCGAGUCAUCCUAAAAGAAGGAGGUGGCAUUAAAAAGUUAGUGGAUUGUUUAAGAGAUUUUGGUCCCACUGAUUGGCAGCUGGCCUGCUUGGUUUGCAAAACUUUAUGGAACUUCAGCGAAAAUAUCACGAAUGCUUCAUCCUGUUUUGGAGAUGAAGACGCUAACAAACUCUUAGUGCUGUUGUCAUCAUUUUUAGAUGAAGAACUAGCACUGAAUGGCAGUUUUGACCAAGACCUAAAGAACUAUCACAAAUUCCACUGGGAAACGGAAUUCAAACCUGUGGCACAGCAGCUUCUAAAGCGGAUUCAGAGACAUCACACCUUCCUGGAACCCCUGCCUGUGGCUUCUUUCUAA